UGACAAAAGAAGCUGGCUAAAAGGUGGCGUUUCCAGUGAUAAUUUUCUCCGGCGAACCUAACUUGCCGGGCCUAAAAACCCAUUUACUGCCCUGCAAAGGGCAGAUCCAAAUCCAGUCGGCCUUUAGCUCGAGACCAUGCUGCAACAGCGUAUAUCGACUAAAAUCCUACGGUCUGCUCGCUCUCUGACCCAGGGCUUUCUCCGUUCACCUUUUGCUUCUUCUCCUCCUUCGACCAAAAGGCUCUCUUUCAGCAGCCUCUCUCUGCAAAACCGUCUCCUCCACCGUCACCUUCUGCAAAAGAGGCAAGUACUCCCCAACGAUUUCCUGAAAUGGAUUUCGGUUGGUUUCAGCAGAGGGUCGAGAUUCGCCACCGGUUUCACUCCUCUGCAACCCAAAUCCUUGGAGUCGAUGAUCGACGUUGAGAGGGCUAACAGCUGCUCGCCAGAUGAUCUCAUUUCUGCCUGGGAUGAUUAUCAUUUGGGAAGAGGUCACAUAGGUGCAUCCAUGAAUGCAAAGUUGUAUCAUCUACUGGAACAAAGAGCAAUUCCUUGCCGACAUUUCGUCAUUCCUUUGUGGAGAGGGAGUGGUUAUACGACCAUGUUCAUCCAAGUGCAGAUGCCACACAUUCUUUUCACUGGGCUUGAGGAUUACAAGGCAAGAGGAACUCAAGCGGCUCCCUACUUCACCGUCACUUAUUACAAGGAAUAUGCCGAAAGCAAGGAUGUGGUGCUUAUCCGUGGUGACAUCGUGUUCACUAGUAAGCUCAGUGAUUUGGAGGCGAAAUGGCUUCUGGAGACUGCCCAGUCGUUCUAUCUGAAUGAUACAAGGUACAAAUUAGUCGAGCGGUUUAACAAAGAGACCCAUGAAUUCGAGUUCAAGGACAUCCUACAGACGCUCGAGAUGCCGAUGGGGUGAUUCAUCAUGCACCCAUGAUCCAUCUAGUGGCCCGCUGCAUUCGACAUCCGUUGAUCCUGGAGGAAGCUUUUUAAGUGCCUACUUUAGUUAGUACCGAGGAGAAAUAAGAAUUUUUGGGGCAUCUAAUGAGUUUGAUGGAGGAACCGAGUUCAGUGUUAUAAAUUAAGAAUUUUGCAUGCC